GAUCAUAUAUACUGCAUUAGCAAUGUUUUAACAAAUGCGUUUACCGUAAUAUUGUAAAAGAACUGUGUAUAUAUAUGAUUUCUUAGCAGUGAACAAUUAAGACUUGUAAAUUUGAAUGUUAAUAAAAUUUGAAAUCUGACUACUGAGAGUGGUACUCUGUUUUCAUAACUGUAUUUACCAUGUGUGUGUUGUGUGUACAUUAAAGGACAAAUUGCUUUAAUUCAACUUGACGAUAGUGGAAAUUAGGAUACUAUAUUGCAUAAUGGGAGGGUUUGGUGUCAUAGUAGAAUACUCUAGCCAGGAGGACAAUUCUAAAGAAAGCCUUAGCUGCUCCGGGAUUUACAUGGGAAAUGGUAUAAUCCUUACUCAUGGCACAAUUGUAAUUGAUGUUUUGAUGAAUAAAAAAGCCGAGCCACUUGUUCAGGAACUUGUAUCAAAAGGCUGUAUAUACACUAGAAAAAGAGGAGAUUUAUUGAGCUCAGUCCUUCAAGCUACUAGAUCCCAUUUCCAAGUUUUCUUACCUGGAGAACAUUUUAAUUCGGCAUUUGAUUCUGCUCAAGAUAACGGGUGGUCUUUUAAGAAGCUAUUGAAAUCUAAGAGCGGUGAUAAUGAACUUAAAAGAGAAAAUGCAAGUUCUCCAUUUCCAAUUGGAGAAGAAAAUAAGACGCCCCUUUAUGAUGGUGCAAGUUUUCAAGUCUCCACUUCACUAAAGAUCUCAACCUCUGACCACUUCUCUCUUCCAGCCAGCGUUGAUAUGAUAUUUGUUCAGCCAGGCGUAAAAGAAAGUCUUGCAAGGAUAAUGCCAGCUUCUCAAGGAUGGAAGCUGAUAGAGAAUGAGAAGAAGGAAUAUGUUGGUGCUCUUGAGAGACUUAUCUUCUCCACUUUUGUGGUCCUGCAGUUGUUGCCAGAUGAUGAUAAGAGAAAUGACCUGGUCAUGAAGGCUUCCAAUGAAGAAGUUAUUAAUCUUGCUAAAAGAAUGCUCUCUCUCUCAAGUUUUAGUAGUAAAGGUACGACUGUGUAUGUAGAGAGCUCUCCUUUUGGCUCUCUGGUGCCUGGUGUGUUCCUCAACUCUCUUAGUAGUGGUAUCAUCAGUAAUGUCGGCAACACUGCUGCAGAUAUUAUGUUGACCGAUGCCAGGUGCAUCAUGGGUUCAGAGGGAGCUCCAGUUUUUGCAGUAAUAGAAGGAAUGUAAGUGCAGUGCUGUAUUUU